CAGACAUGCAUUAGGUAUCUAUCCUUACUGAUUUUCUUAUCAGAAGCAACCCAAAUCUCACCUUCCUGGCAGGUAGAUCAUUAUAGGCUCUUAGCUACUAUUAAUAAUUAAAUUAUUUUCCUAUGCAGUAGCUGAAUGACUAGCAGAGACAACUAUAAUUUACAAUCAAGAUUUUUGUCUAAAAUUUUAAGAGAAAGUCCAGUUUUAUUAUUUAAAACAUUUUGAAAAAAAUUAAUAACAUUUAUAUAUCAUCUUUCCCUCGAUGCAUAACACUUUUUACAGUUUAGUGGUAGAUAACUGAGGGGUAACUCAAAUCAGAGAAACAGGGGUGCAGACAUUUGAUUAACUUGUCUCAUAUCAUAACUUUUCAAGAUUUCAUUAUCAUGCCACAACACUGCCCUCAAAAAAGAGUUUUCUAAUUACCAUUGAAGGACAAAAUACCAAGUAGUGACAGAGGUGUAUAGACGAACUCAAAAGUUAUUGUAGGAGGAUACUGAUAAAAUAUUGGGGAAAAUCACAAAAGACACGAGAAGAUAAUUUAGAGUGAUAUGCCCAAAUCACAUGACUCCAGUCUCUGGCUCUCUUAGCCAGAACAGCGAAUCUUUUACAAUUACCUCUUGUUGCCAAUAAUUUUCUAUUAUCUUCAAAUAACAACAGGCUGGAGUAUGAACCUAGUUUAUCAAUACAUUUUUUAAAAACCGACAUUCGUUUCUUAAGGAGUCCAUCCAUUCACCCAUUUUUAAAAAAAUUGUUCCAGGAAGAGGAAUGAAGUUUAUUCCUUUGAAUUCUAGUCUGCACCCCAGCUUUUAGAACAGGGGAUGCAGAACCAGUUGAUUUGCCCCAGGCCAAGUCCUGAGUCUCCAGCGAUUCAAGCAAUUAACCAGUCACUUGGCCUUUUUGCAGAAAUACACAAAACGUGUAGACUCGCUUAAUUCCAUCUCCUCCUGGCCUCUUCACAUGGAAAUUGGCUGCUCAGGCGAAUGUUGUUUUUCACCGCAGCCAUGUGUCGAAGGGCGAUUAACAUUCGCUGGACAAAACCCUGUCCCGGGCCAUUUGGGGGUUGCACGCGUUCACACCCGGGGCUCAGCCCGGUGCGCCUUCACGCGCAGCCUUUUUGUUUAUGCGGCUGGCAGGGGAGAGGGGCGGAGAGGCAGCGAACCUCUCAAUGUGCAGCAGGCCUCCAGGACUAUAUAAAGCUCGGGUCUCGGACCUACUGGAACUGGCCAAGGUUGCCCGCGAGCUGGCAGCGGCCUUCCGCCCAGCUCUGCGGCGUCAUGGAGACAGCAGGAGGCGCGGAGGGCACGGCCACCGACGGCCCCACGCGGCGCGCGGGCGCGGACUCCGGACACGCAGGCUUCUGGAGACCCUGGGUGGACGGCGGCGGCGAGAAAGAAGAGGACACGCCGAACCACGCCGCGGAGGCGAUGCCCGAUGGCCCUGGAAUGACCGCAGCCUCAGGAAAGCUUUCCCAAUUCAGGCACCCAGUCAGACUAUUUUGGCCAAAAUCAAAAUGUUAUGAUUACUUAUAUCAAGAAGCAGAAGCUCUUCUGAAAAAUUUUCCAAUUCAAGCCACAAUUUCAUUUUAUGAAGAUUCUGAUAGCGAAGAUGAAAUUGAGGAGCUGACCUGUGAAAAUUAAUGUGAUUAGCUACUUUUGAUUAUAUCCAAAGCUCGUAGGGUUUAAAUUUAGUGUACAAAUGUAUCAUAAUUAUUUUAAACUAAUUUAUUUGUAUAUAAAUUAUUAAUAAAAUGAAAUAUUUUGUAA